AUGCCUACCGUUCAAGUAUUGAGAGAUCCACUCUUCAAGUCAUUGGGAAAGACUUAUACCGAUCAUGAGUUUGAUGAACUUUGCUUUGCUUAUGGUAUCGAGUUGGACGAGGUUACCUCUGAGAGAAAGCUAAUCUUGAAGGAGACUGGUGUCGAUGAUCCAAAUGCAUCCGAUGAGACAAUGUACAAGAUCGAUGUGCCUGCCAACAGAUACGACCUGCUCUGUCUGGAGGGUCUGUCUCGCUCGCUCAAGGUCUACGGACAGAACACACCAAUCCCUCGCUACACCAUCGUGCCACCACCCGCCGGCCAGACGCACCAGAAGCUCAUCGUCACGCCAGAGACCAAGAGCGUGCGUCCCAUCGUCGUGUGCGGUGUGUUGCGCGAUAUCACCUUUACCGAACAGACCUACAAGAGCUUCAUCGAUCUCCAGGAGAAGCUGCACCAGAACAUCUGCAAGAAGAGAGUGCUGGUGUCCAUUGGUACACACGACCUCGACACAAUCAAGGGUCCAUUCUAUUACAAGGCAUUGCCACCAAAGGAUAUCAAGUUCGUCCCCUUAUCACAGACUAAGGAGUUUGAUGCCGUCGAGUUGUUCGAUCAUUAUGAUAAAACAAGCUCUCAUUUGAAGAAGUACUUGCCAAUCAUUCAGAACUCCCCAUUGUAUCCAGCCAUCUAUGAUUCAAACAACACUCUCCUGUCACUUCCACCAAUCAUCAAUGGAGAUCACAGCAAGAUCACGCUCAACACCAAGAACGUCUUCUUUGAGGUCACCGCCAUCGACACCACCAAGGCCAACAUCGUCCUCAACAUCAUGAUGACCAUGUUCUCAGAGUACUGUGCCAAGCCAUUCACUUUGGAGCAGGUUGAGGUUGUUGGAGUUGAUGGAAAGUCUGAGCUCACACCACAUAUUGAGGAGAAGGAGAUCCAGGCAUCGACAAAGUUCAUCAACAACACUGCUGGUAUCAAUCUGACACCUCAGGAGAUGGUGACGAUGUUGCAGCGCAUGUCGCUCACAUCCGUGUUGAGUGCUGACAACGAGUCGCUCAGCGUGUCGGUGCCCGCCACCAGAAGCGACAUCAUUCAUCAAUGCGACAUCAUGGAGGACGUGGCCAUUGGCUACGGCUACAACAACAUUGAGCGCGUCGUCCCCACCGUCGCCACCAAUGGUCGCGUGCAGCCCAUCAACAAGAUCUCUGAGCUGCUGGCCAACGAGGUUGCCCUUGCCGGCUACACCGAGAUCAUGACCUUUGUCCUGUGUUCCAACAAGGACAACUUUGCACUGAUCAACAGACCCGACGACAACUCGAGUGUAAAGAUUGCCAACGGUCUGACCGAGGAUUUCUCCGAAGUCAGAGUCAGUCUGAUCAGCACCCUCCUAAAGAGCAUCGUCUCCAACAAGGCACACGCUCUUCCACUCAAGUUGUUCGAGGUUAGCGAUGUCACUGUCAAGGCCAAGAACACCAACACUGACUUGUCAGACCCAUUCACCAACAACAGCGAUACAGGCGCACUCAACAAGAGAAUGCUUGGAGCAAUCUAUUGCAACCAUUCGGCCAAGCUGGAGGUGAUCCACGGUCUGUUGGACAAGCUGAUGAACUCGUUGAAGAUCAAGCAUGAUCAGGCACGUGUUGGCAAGGGUUACCAGCUGGUGUUGUCAUCGGACAAGCUCUUCAUGGAUGGUAUGGGCGUUGACAUUAUGGUCGACGGCAAGAAGAUUGGUGUGAUGGGUGUCGUUCAUCCAAUCGUUUUGAAGAACUAUGGUAUCGCCUAUCCAUGCUCACUGUUGGAAAUUGAGGUCAACAUGGAGUUGAUUGUCAACAUUUGCUAA